ACGUGGUGUGGCUUCUUGGUGUCGCGUUUGUAGCUCAGGAGAUCAAGAUUGGGUUGUGCCGAGGCCACAGACAGAUUGAGUGGAUUGACGGUUCUGAACAUAUUUUCAUAGUUCUGAUAGCUUAUUCUAUUUGCCUUGAGUCCAAUAGCUAGGCAUCAACUGACCACAGGACAGGGCACAGAUUUUUCUUAGCACUUUUUGCCUCUGUCGGUCAUCAUGGUGGGAGAAAGAAGCGGCGGAUACAAGAGGUUCUUGGAUUCUGAUGAGCAAAUGUCUCGCCAGACAGGAUGGAGGAGAAAAAAGCCCAAGAGUUCUACAACUGAACAGCGGUCUGAGGACUUCCAGAUUGCACCAGACGAAAACAGCAGGGAAGAGCCCUGCCAUGGUGAUACAACUGGAACCAUUGGCGAUGCUGCCAUGGUGCAGCAGACUCCGUCUCUCAGCCCUGGACCCCAUACCGAGGUUCCGGAAGCCAACGAGGCAGGCAGUGAUAACGAUGAUUUGGAUGCAGGUGACAUCGAGGAGCAGUGUUCGGAACCUGGUGUGCCAGAUAUAGGUGAUCUGUCUGACGGGGACGUGAUGAGUGUCAUUCUUGCUUUUAGCAUUCGACAUAACUUGUCCAAAGUUGCUGUAAAAGACUUGCUUGACCUGCUACAUGUGCUUGGGACAACUAGAAACGUGCCUGAGUCCAGGUACAAACUUUUCAAAACCAUCAUGGAAGAAAUAAGUGAACAGAAGUUUACACAUUUUUACUGUUCGUUCUGUUUGGCCUACAUAGAAGGCGAGCCGGAUGGCUGCGUUGCAUGUGAACAGCCGUUCUCUAAGAAAGACGCUUUGAAAAAGGGAAACUAUUUCCUGUACAUACCAAUGCGCCAGCAAAUCAAGGAGAUGCUGGAAAGUGGCUAUGUAGCACGAGAAAUGAUAUGCUGUGAUCAUGACGCAGACCUCCUCUGUGACGCAGUAGACGGAAAACGCUGCAAGCGUUUCAGUCGGCCUGGUGACGAAGGUAUCCCCUUUCUCACCAUAAACUGGAACUUUGAUGGGCUGCCAGUCUAUAAAGCAUCAAGUGCUUCACUUUGGCCAAUCCUGGUCCAGAUCAAUGAGCUCAAUUAUUCUGCCAGGAAAGAACAGCUCUUGAUGUGUGGCCUUUGGCUCGGAGACAAAAAGCCGCUUUGGUCGACGUACUCGAAGCCGUUUCUUGCGGAGCUCAAAUCAAUGGGCACCGAUGGCAUAUCUUGGCGCAGAGGUUCAGAACUGAUGCGGACCAUCAUUAAGACCCAAGCCAUCGUGUGUGAUGCACCAGCGCGAUGCAUGGUUCAAGGCAUCCACCAGUUUAAUGGGGCAUAUGGGUGUGCGUGGUGCCUUCAUGAGGGAACUGUGGUGCGAAAGGGCGACGGGACAGCUCGUAUUUACGAGCACAGAACGGAUGUCGAAAGGCGCACGCAUGCCAGUGUCAUCGCAUCUGCGAGGACUGCUAUUCAGGAGAACAUCAGUCACCAUAACGGUGUUAAAGCAGCCUCUCCCCUUCUCCUUUUGCCGGCGGAGUGCGGAGUAGACAUCGUUGAUAGUUUUUCAGCAGAUUACAUGCAUGCGAUUCUGCUGGGUGUCGUGCGCCAGUUUCUCGAUCUUUGGUUUUCAUCGAAGUGGAGCUCGUCGCCCUUUUCGAUUAGGAGCAGCUUGCGAGAAGCGGAUGAUCGGUUGAUGGCAGUUAGACCUCCCCAGGAUCUAUCUCGAACUCCAAGAACGCUUCGCGAUUCUGCCCACUGGAAGGCGUCUGAGUGCCGAAACUGGCUCCUUUACUACAGUGUACCAGUCUUGUUUGGGUUGUUGGCUCCUCGGUUCCUUGACCAUUGGUGCCUGCUGGUGAGCGCUGUUUUCGCCCUUCUUCAAGGACAAGUAGCGGCAUCAGAAGUGCUGAGGGCGUCACAUAAAUUGUUGGCCUUCAACAAGGGUGUCGGCUUGUUGUAUGGCGAUGAGCACAUGUCUAGCAACGUGCACGCGUGCAUUCACCUAGGAGAGAGCGUCAGGAACUUGGGACCACUCUGGGCCUGCUCUGGUUUUCCUUUUGAAGGGUACAUGAUGAAAAUAAAGAAGUUUUUCUCGGGAACCACUUACCUCUCUGAUCAGGCAGCAAACACCUUCUUGAUGCUGAGGAUCCUGAAGAAAAGUACAUCAAAUGAACAGUGCAACGAAAAGGUAGCCAGGCUGGUCCAGAAGUGGCUUGGUGUAUACAGUCAUUUAGAUCGUGCCAUGAGGUCGCCUGACAACAGCGCUGUGGGUCUGAACUCUCCGAAAGCUGGGCGUCUGCAGGAGUACGAACGGCGCCUGCUUCAGGGACAUGGCAUUGAUGUAUCUGCGGAUACCAGUGUCUUCCACUUCAGUCGUGCGGUGAUUGGCGGGAGCAUCUGCUGCACGGAAGAGUACGGCCGUUCCAUGAAGCGGAACAGCUUCACUCUCUUCACACGGUUCGGCAUUGGGUGUGUGCAAAACAUCUGCUUCCUAUCCGUUGAUGGCAUGGAAUGCUUCCUGUUCUUGAAAAGGAUGGAGGCUGCCAGCUGCCCCAUCCCAUCUCUCGAGCAUGUCAGGAAUGUGCGUGCCUCCACUUCCGGUGCGGUAUUUUUGUGCAGGGCGGCAGAUGUUCUCUGUAACGCUGUCGUGGUUCCACGUACUGUGAACGGCGAGCAUGUGCUGGUAUGCUGCAGGCAACCGAACAAGGUGGAAAAAGACUAGUGUCUUGUAAAGCGGAAAAAUGGCGAUGCUACCAUUGCGCGUCACCUCAGCGCGUCGUGCUUAUGCGUGUAUGUGUGCACAUGUGUGCAAGUUGCUUGAGCUGUCUUUGAACGAAUGAACUGUCAUGCUGGAAUACAGCAGAUUCGUGAAUCGACCAGGAUCAGGUUCGUGCAGAUGUGAUCUCAAAAUACAUGCAAGUGAGGAAUGUGUGAAACUAUUUUCUGUGUUUCGGUUGCACAAAGCUAGAAGAGUAUUGUUGGAUUGAGUUGUGUGAAUAGCUGCCACCAUUCAAUGUCGUGC